UCAGUCUACGGAUCAUCUUUUAAGGACUGUCUGGAUAAUCUCUGCAAGGUUCUGGCUCGCUGUGAAGAGAAACACUUGGUCCUUAACUGGGAAAAGUGUCACUUUAUGGUCAGAGAUGGGAUUGUGCUUGGACACAAGGUUUCUGCAGCUGGUAUCGAAGUGGACCGUGCGAAGAUCGACGUCAUGACGAGCUUGCCACCACCCGAUUCUGCGAAAUCGGUUAGAAGUUUUCUGGGUCAUGCAGGCUUCUAUCGUCGCUUCAUCAAAGAUUUCAGCAAGAUUGCACGCCCUCUUACUGCUCUGCUCUGCAAAGAUGCUAAGUUUGAGUUUACAGAUGAGUGCCUUGCUGCGUUCGAACAGAUCAAGCAUGCCCUGAUAAGCGCCCCCAUUGUGCAGCCUCCUGACUGGAAUUUGCCUUUUGAGGUGAUGUGUGAUGCUAGUGAUUUUGCUGUUGGUGCUGUUCUAGGACAGAAGAAGGAUAAAAAGCUUCAUGCCAUCUACUAUGCCAAGGCUGAGCCUGAGAACUUUAAGGGCUAUGCAAAGAAGAAGUUCUUGAGAGAGCUGCGAAGAUACCACUGGGAUGAGCCAUAUCUGUACAAGCACUGUUCUGAUGGGAUUUACAGAAGAUGCAUUGCAGAGUCAGAAUGCGAUGCUUGUCAGAGGAGAGGAAAGAUCAGCAAAAGACAUGAGAUGCCACAGAAUUUCAUCCUUGAGGUUGAGGUAUUCGACUGCUGGGGUAUCGAUUUCAUGGGUCCUUUUCCCUCUUCUUAUGGGAACAAGUACAUCCUGGUUGCUGUUGAUUAUGUCUCAAAGUGGGUCGAAGCCAUUGCCAGUCCCACCAACGACUCUUCAGUGGUCCUUAAGAUGUUCAAGACCAUCAUCUUUCCUCGAUUUGGAGUGCCUCGAAUUGUUAUAAGUGAUGGUGGUACUCACUUUAUUAACAAGAUUUUUGAAAAACUCCUAAGGAAGCAUGGAGUUCGUCAUCGAGUUGCCACUCCUUAUCACCCUCAGACGAGUGGACAGGUCGAAGUCUCAAAUCGACAGAUCAAAGAGAUUCUGGAGAAGACAGUGCGAAAAACUCGAAAGGAUUGGGCUGCGAAGUUGGACGAUGCACUCUGGGCGUACAGGACAGCGUUCAAAACACCUCUAGGCACCACACCUUUCCACCUGCUCUAUGGAAAGCCCUGUCACCUUCCAGUGGAGAUCGAACACAAAGCAGCCUGGGCGAUAAAGCUGAUGAAUUUCGACAUCAAGUCUGCUGCAGAGAGGAGACUGAUACAACUGAAUGAGUUGGACGAAAUCAGGUACCAUGCCUAUGAGAAUUCGAAGUUGCACAAAGAGAGGACCAAGGCGUAUCACGAUUCCAAAAUCCUCUCCAGGCAAUUCGAACCGAAUGAUCAGGUAAUUCUGUAUAAUUCUCGUUUGCAAUUGUUUCCUGGUAAACUUCGUUCUCGAUGGUCAGGUCCUUUCAUAGUCAAAGAGGUUCGCCCCUAUGGUGCUAUCGUCCUCCUCACACCAGAUGGUAGCAGGGAGUUCACAGUCAAUGGACAAAGGGUGAAGCACUACUCGGCCAAAGCUGAGAUUCCGGAUGGACAUAUCGUGCCUCUGGAUGGUGCACCUCCUGCUUGA